AGUCAGUGAGAGAGUGUCCUGUGAAAAGCUUCUGUGAGCUCCUUUCAGUGUGCAACAAACCAUAAGAUUUCCCAUGCAAAGUUACACAUAGAUUACUGCAAAGUUUUCCUUUUUAUGUUCCUUCCGCAAACCUCCAAUAACUUUUCACCUCUAUUUCAUGUACCCACGAAAUAUCAGUGUGUGACCCCAAUUGUUCCCUGCACCUCCUCAGUGUUGUAGAGAGAAGUACGAGUGCAAAAGUGUAUAGAAAAAAAAAUUUGUAGUAGAUCGACAGGAAAAGCUCACGGAGAAAGUUGCGUUUUUUUUCUAUCGGACAGACGUGUGGAGUGAAAUUAAGUGGCUGCCAUUUGGGGCAAAAAAGUGAAGAAAUAAUUUGGAUUUUUAGCUUCACCGGUGCGAUUUUUUGACCCCAAAAAGUGCACUAAAAAUGGUGAUUGGUUGGAAAAGUUAAUGACAUGUGUAUUGGUGGAGUUGCCUGCACAAUUUUCAAUCAGAAAGUGAGAAGGAUUCAGCGAGAAAACUGUGUAGUAGAAUAUUGGACUCAUCUCUGUCAGUGAAUGGAGAUGGAUAAAUGAGGUGGUGUCACGAAGAUCUAUAAAAAAGUAGAUGAUGAUAAUGGAGAAUCGUGUGGAGUGCAAAAGUGAGUGCAAGAAGUGACAUUGGUCAGGGGAUAGCUAUGGGUAAGGCAAUGGGGGAUGAACAUGGUAAAUCGCCAAUGGAGGCGAAGAGUCAGCAGAACAUUGCGUCGGAUAUUUUGCUACCGGAUAGUGUUCUUGACAAAUUGUACCAGAAUUAUUCCAUCAAGCAGAAACGCAGUGGACUCAUUUGCUUCCUCUUUACGUCAAUCCUAUUUGACCUGUGGGCCAUAGCAAUACCACAGGGGCAGACCUACGGGAGUUUAGGAUGUAUCUGUCUGUUCCUCAUUUCAAAUGUGAUUCUCCUUGUGGUGCUGGUACUCGGUGGGAAAUUCAAGGAUAACAUUUGGAAAGUCGCGCCAUAUCUCGGAUGGACUUUUGCCUUCCUCCAACUCGCCCUUCAUCUAAUACUCAAAGAUAACCUUAUACCUAAGGAUUGUCUGGGAUGGGUGAUGCUCCUCAAUUUCCUCGUCUAUAUCAUCCUACCGGUGCCCAUGAAAUAUCACCUAAUCUUUUUUGGUAUUGCUACCUUCUUCAUGUAUAUUGGAAUAAUUAUGGGUUUGGCACAAGUGGAUUCCUUCUUCUGGAAGCAGCAAUUGGUUAAUAUGAUAUUUAUUGUUGGCGCCACACUUGUGGGACUCUUGUGCUACCAUUUAGGUGAAAUCAAGCAACGACGCGCCUUCUUGGAGGCCAAGAAAAGCCUCGAAGUGAAGAUGCUUAUUGAGGAGGAGUCCGCUGAGCAGGAGCGACUCCUUCUUUCCGUUCUUCCUUCUCACGUGGCAGUGAAAAUGAGGCAGGAUUUGGGAUGCACAGAUUCGGAGCAAUUCAAGAAAAUUUAUAUGAGUCGCCAUGAAAAUGUGAGCAUUUUGUAUGCCGACAUCGUGGGUUUCACGGCGAUUUCCUCAACGUACUCAGCUCAGGAUCUCGUAAAAAUGCUCAAUGAGCUUUUUGCACGAUUUGAUCGGCUGGCAGAUAAAUACCAGCAGCUUCGAAUUAAAAUUCUGGGUGAUUGUUACUAUUGCAUCUGCGGGGCCCCCGAGGAAAUUGCCAAUCAUGCCCAACUGUGCGUCUACAUGGGGCUGUCCAUGGUGAAAGCCAUAAAAUACGUUCAGCAGAAAACACAAUCGCCCGUGGACAUGAGAGUAGGCAUUCACACUGGAGCUGUUCUUGCUGGUAUCCUGGGUCAGCGUCAGUGGCAGUUCGAUGUGUAUUCGAAGGAUGUUGAAUUGGCCAAUAAAAUGGAAUCCAGUGGAAUGGCUGGUCGAGUUCACAUCAGUGAGAAAACUUUUAAAUUCCUCAACGGGGAGUUUGAAGUGGAGCCAGCUUAUGGGGAGAAGAGAGAAGAAGCAUUGAGGAUUGCAGGACUAAAAACGUAUUUCAUAACUAAAGUUCUGAAACCCUUCGUUCCUACGAUCAGCGAAGAGAAGAAUGGAACAACGAAAUUAGGCGAUAUGAAACAAAUGUCUCUGGAAUCGGAUGCACUCUCAGAUACACUUCAGGAAGAUGACCAGACCAAGGCUAACGUUGCACAAGAUAGUCACGAUGUGUCACCCAUAUCGGAGGACAAGCAGAAGGAAGAGGAUUACAAGUCCAGGCUACAGAAGGAGUUAGUUAGUCGCGAUGGACAUGGGGAUUUGUCUAAGCACACGAAUUUUUUGUUAACAUUUCGCAAUAAGAACCAUGAGGCAGCAUAUUCAGCGUACAGAGAACCAUAUUCAGCAGUGCCACUUCUUGCAUGCCUUGUCGUGUACUUUUUAGGCAUUACUUAUUAUCCCGUGGUGCUUCCAAAAACUGCUCUCCAUUUUACACUAACUCUGGCGCCAUUCCCCCUCAUCUUCCCAUUAGUCUUCAUUUCCGUGGGGGAGAGCUUUUUCCUUAUUUUCCCCGAGUGGAUUGUGAAUAUCAGCAGAAAAUUCAAUGAUCAAAUAUGGCUACGGAGAACUGCAGCAAUCCUUGUUGUACUCAUCAUUGUACUCAUGAAUUUUCUUGACAUGGUUUUCCUAACGUGCACGGAUAAUAACAACAAUUUUCUAAAUGAAACUCUCCACCAAAGUAAUCAAGAUGAAGAAGCAAACUUUCCAUCCUACUUCACAAACUAUGCCGUCUUAAUACUCAUCGGUACAUCUAUAUUAGCACAAAUCUCCCAUGUUAUCAAAAUAUUGCUGGUAAUUGCAAGUACAGCUCUCUUCUGCUCUACAAAUAUAUUUAUUAUGGAGACAGAAUUCCAGAGAGAACAGACUACAUCAUGGACAGUCGAACUUCCAUUGCGGUUUGUGAUCUCCGCACAAUUGACUGCAAUUGCGGUAAGUUUGGCAAUUUUGGCGAGACACUUUGAUCGUGAGGAUCGCGUAAUAUUUAUGUGGAAGAUCGAAGUUGAAGAAGCCAAGGAGAAAGCCAGCGACAUGAGACAACGAAAUGAGCAACUUGUGUACAACAUCCUCCCUGUUCACGUAGCAGCUCAUUUCAUGGGGAAUCGGAAGCGCUCUCAUGAUGAUCUCUACUCCCAGAGUUAUGCCGAAGUGGGUGUUUUAUUUGCCAGCAUUCCCAAUUUUUCGGAUUUCUACUCUGAGGAGACGGUCAACAAUCAGGGCCUCGAGUGUCUUCGCUUCCUCAAUGAAGUCAUAUCAGAUUUUGACGCCCUAUUAGAAUUGCCACAGUUUCAAGAUAUCAUCAAAAUUAAAACAAUCGGAUCCACUUACAUGGCAGCCAGUGGACUUAAUCCACAACGUCAGGUGCAACCUGAUGAUCCAAUUGUCGUACGAUGGGCUCACUUUGGUCUGCUGGUAGAAUUUGCCCUAGAACUGAAGAAGACCUUACAGGGCAUCAAUGAGCAAUCUUUCAAUCAUUUCGUUCUUAAAAUGGGAGUGAAUCAUGGACCUAUAACGGCUGGUGUAAUUGGCGCCAGGAAGCCACAUUACGAUAUCUGGGGCAAUACGGUUAACGUUGCAUCCAGAAUGGAGAGCACUGGAAAAGCUGGAGCAAUACAAAUAACGGAAGAGACCACGCAUAUCCUUCAGAUGUUUGGUUACACCUUUGAGCAGCGUGGCCUUGUUGCUGUGAAGGGUAAAGGUCAGUUAAUGACAUACUAUCUCCAAGGCAAGUCUACCAGACCCACUGCAACACCUGUUGAACUCACAAAUGGCUUCGUGGCACCUCCACCCACGCAGCCCGAUAAUGUGACCGUGGAAGUGACCGAGACUGCGGAGAAACCCGACACUGAGGGACCCAAAGUAGCCAAUGCCAUCAAAGAAGAUGACACUCAACCGAGGGAGAUACUUAGCAAUAUAUUAAAUUCAGCAACGUCCGAAGAGGAAAAUCUCGAACCAGACGCUAGGACGCCUCUGCUAACAGACACCAAUAAGACCAUCAUAAAGCAGGGUGACACAUAGGAAGGAGAGGUAGUUAUUAGUGAGUAAAGUGAACCAAUGUAUGGAACAAUCAAUAUCCUAUUGAUGAUAUUUUCUGUUCAUUUUCACCAUCCAUGAUAAAUGAAAUGAUACCUACCUUUUUUUUUACUACAGUGUGACUUUAAAAAAUUGUAUCGAAAGCAUAUUUUUUUUAAAUUUUGAAAUUUUCGAAUAAUUUUUGGAUCUUAAAAAUCUCUUUCUUAUGUCUUUUGCACAAGAAAUUUUGAUUAAAAAUUUAAUUUUCUUCCUAGAAAAGCAAAUAUUUUAUGAAUUGUAUAAAAAAUUUUUUGAAUGCAUUUUUAGAUCUUAACAAAUAAUUUUUAAUUAGAAAAUUAAUAUAAUAUGGCGAUUUUUUUAGCAGACUCUUGUUCAGAUAACGUUGAUGAGCGUAUUAAUAUGAGAAUGACUCAAUUUUUAGCCUUCGAAUUAAUUCUUAAUAAUGGUGAUGUUAUGAAGAAAAUAUUUAAGGAUUAGGAUUAUAAAAUUAUGUAGUCUCUAAAAUAUUUCUUUAGUCUUCACAAACUUCCCUCCACUUUCCACACACACACACACACAUACACAAAAUACACGCAAUUUGUAAAGAUCAUAAAAGAUCAAAAAGGCUUUAAUUACUUAUUGAUAGAAAUUUUCACAUACAUAUAUCGGGAUUUAUAAAAUUCAUCACGAUAUAUGGGACUUUAUUAUUUACAAACCACAUUUUAUGCUCUCUCAAUAAGCUAUUUUUGUACAUUUUUUCCUCCAUCAAUGAAUUUGGACGUGAAAAACAAACCAACAAAGGAGCAAAUUGAAAAGGGAAUAUUUGAAAAUUUCUUCAAAUUAGUGAUAAUUUUGCGAAACAUCUUCUAGAAUAGUAAAUAAAUUAUAGAAUUAAUGUGUCGACAAGUUAUAUUUAUAGAUUCAAUGGGGAUUAUUUAGCACGUAGUGACAAAAGUCAUAAAAUCAUAUUUAUGGCACGAAUGAUGAAGGGAAUAAUGUAUUUUUUUUUCAAUGAAAAGUUCAUUUUCCAAGAAAAAAAAGGCCGUCACUCCUUGCUACUUAAUAUUCAAUGAAUAAUAAUAAGAAAAAAAAAUAUAGUUGAAAAUUCACCACCGAAAUAAUCCUGAAAAAAAACUUAUCCACUGAACCUGCGAACAACCGAAUAAAUUUUAGAAAGGAAAACAAUUUUCCCAAAAAGAAAUAAAAAUCGAGGGGUUUUGUAUGUGAAAGAGCUUUUAUAAAAAAAAAACAAAAUUAAGUAAUUUUUGCCAAAUUCUACGUACAUUUUCGCACAAUGUAUUUCACGAUGAAAACAUUUUAUGAAAAAAAAAAUCGAAUUUACAAUGGGAUACUCCUUAUAAGGAAAAUUCUGAAAAUCUUUGUAUGUGUUUCACUACAGCAAAAUAGUUUUUUUUUAUUUAAAAUCAAUAUUAGAGAAACCCCCGAUGAGUAAAAAAAUAGAGAGAAAGUUAUAAGAGAAAAAAAGUAGAAAACUUAACCCUAAAACAAAA